AUGGAUCUUCUUCUCCUAGAGAAGACCCUUUUAGGUCUCUUCUUUGCCAUUAUAGUUGCCACCGUUGUCUCUAAACUCCGAGGGAAGCGCUUCAAACUCCCUCCUGGACCCAUCCCAAUCCCUGUAUUCGGAAACUGGCUCCAAGUCGGCGAUGACUUAAACCACCGAAACCUCACAGAUUUAGCGAAGAAAUUCGGAGAAAUCUUGUUACUCCGGAUGGGACAACGCAAUCUGGUGGUGGUCUCAUCUCCUGAGCUCUCCAAAGAAGUUCUUCACACGCAAGGGGUCGAGUUCGGCUCAAGAACACGAAACGUCGUGUUCGAUAUCUUCACCGGAAAAGGUCAAGACAUGGUGUUUACCGUUUACGGCGAACAUUGGAGGAAGAUGAGAAGGAUUAUGACUGUUCCAUUCUUCACCAACAAAGUGGUUCAGCAGUAUAGGCAGGGAUGGGAGGAAGAGGCGGCGCGUGUGGUUGAAGAUGUGAAGAACAACCCAGAAGCGGCGAAGAAUGGGAUUGUUUUGAGGAGGAGGUUGCAAUUGAUGAUGUAUAAUAAUAUGUAUAGGAUAAUGUUUGAUCGGAGGUUUGAGAGUGAGGACGAUCCGUUGUUUGUGAAGCUCAAGGCUUUGAAUGGAGAGAGAAGUAGGUUGGCGCAGAGCUUUGAGUACAACUAUGGUGAUUUUAUUCCCAUUUUGAGGCCUUUCUUGAGGGGUUAUUUGACGAUCUGCAAGGAAGUGAAGGAGAGAAGGUUGCAGUUGUUCAAAGACUAUUUCCUUGAUGAGAGAAAGAAGCUUGCAAGCACAAAGCCAAUGGACAACAGUGGGCUAAAAUGCGCUAUUGAUCAUAUCCUCGAAGCCGAACAGAAGGGAGAGAUCAACGAGGACAACGUCCUUUAUAUCGUUGAGAACAUUAACGUUGCGGCAAUCGAGACCACACUAUGGUCAAUCGAAUGGGGCAUUGCAGAACUUGUUAACCACCCCGAAACCCAGAAGAAACUGCGACAUGAGCUUGACACUGUGCUUGGACCCGGACACCAGAUCACCGAGCCUGACACCUACAAACUCCCAUACCUUCAGGCUGUGAUCAAAGAGACCCUUCGCCUUCGUAUGGCAAUUCCUCUUCUGGUGCCACACAUGAACCUACACGACGCAAAACUUGGGGGAUAUGACAUCCCUGCUGAGAGCAAAAUCUUGGUGAAUGCUUGGUGGCUUGCCAAUAACCCAGCACACUGGAAGAAUCCGGAGGAGUUCAGGCCUGAGAGGUUCUUGGAAGAGGAGGCGAAGGUUGAGGCGAGUGGCAAUGACUUCCGAUACCUUCCAUUUGGCGUUGGCAGAAGGAGCUGCCCUGGAAUUAUUCUUGCAUUGCCUAUUCUUGGUAUCACUUUAGGGCGUUUGGUGCAGAAUUUUGAGCUGUUGCCUCCUCCAGGACAGUCAAAGAUAGAUAC